ACACUACUGCUAUGCACAUGUGAAUACUAAAUAAAUAACAAAUAAAUCUUUCCGGUUGAGAAUGCGUUUAAACCCGCAAAACAACGAAGAAGCAUUAUUAAAUUUAUUAAACCAUGGAUCAGUCUUUAGACGUCGCGUUAAAAGCAGACCAAACAAUGGAACGCGACAAUAAUGACAAUUUUCAAAAGUCGCUGUUCAGCGUCGACAUAAAAAUUGAGAAAGAGGCAGUAACAAAUGAUGACGUAGAUUGGUGUGUAGAUAAUUUUGCAGCCGGCAAUCUUCUGGAGCCGCUGUUCUUUAAACAGGUCGUGGAGCCCGAGGGUAUACAAUGCUCGUUGUGCUAUAGAUACUUUUUAGACCGAUAUGACGUCUACAAACACAAUCUGUCCCAUCUACAAGUUACUAUCACCAAUCCGGUAUACUUCCGAUGUGAUAUCUGCAACUCCUACUUCGACAACAUUAAGUCUAUUGAGCGUCAUAUGCCUACACAUAACAAAAGUAUUACGAAUAUGUUACCGUAUAAACCUAAAGCUUGCAACUCCUAUAAAAAACUGAAAACAUAUGAACCAAAACAUAAUUUUUCGCUAAAGACAAAUUAUGAAGACAAUGACUAUAAAAAAAAAUUUAGAGAUGGUAUGACUGACUCCACAAAUGAACCUCGAAUUUUACAAGUAACAAACAGAUCUCACCAAUGUAAUAUAUGCCAUAAGACGUAUUCAUACAGCGCCUGGCAUGGCCACAUGCAUGAAGUACACGGUAUGGGUAAAUACACAUGCGAAUUUUGUGAUUUGGUCUUCAAGUGCAAGCGAUAUUUGAACAAGCACUUACAGAAACAUUUUGGGAAACGUCAGCGGAAAGGAUUACAGAAAAUGGAUGUGAAAUGUGACCAAUGCGAUGCCGUUUUGCAGAAUUUAAGCGCUUUAACCACGCACCGGAGGAAUGUCCAUAGCGCUAGUAAACAUGUGUGUGAUAUUUGCAAGUCGACAUUGAAAUGCAAGUCAUAUUUGCUGGCGCACAUGCGGAGAGUGCAUAGCGACGGGAAAAAGCAUGAAUGUGAAUGUGGGAAAAGUUUUAAAACUCAUAGGUAUUUAAUGGUGCACAAACGGAACGCACAUUCAAAGAAGAAGAAAGAUAAACUAAAGCCAGAAGUAAAAACUGAAGAGUCGUGAAAAAUCACACAAAAAUGUAUUUUGGGGUACAAUCGGGGACAUUCGGGGGUAUAAGGAGACCUCACGUGUAUUUUUCUACAGUGAACGAAACUAAGAAAAAUAGUCAAAGAUAAAAAUAGAAAAGUAGCCGAAAACACCUCACGUGAUUUGUGCACAACCUCUUAUCUGGGCUAAGUUUUUUUUCAAUACCCACAUUUGUAAGUGCCAUGCAUUUGCAAGGGUCAUCGCUUUUAUGAUAUCGCCUGACCGUUUAAACGAUUUUUGCCCUUAAGGUUCACCGCGAAUGUCCCCGAUUGUACCAUAUAUUAGAAUAAUAUUGUGAAGAAGAUAAUAUCCAAAGUUUAUUAGGUAGGUAUGUUUUAUUUUCACUUGUUAUUGGUGUUCUGUCACUAUAAAAUAUAUCGGAGUAGCCAAGGUGCUCAAAAAAUAUAGUAUGUACAGUGUAGUAUGCACCAUCUUAUUAGAGAUGCCACAAAUAUUCAUCAACUAUUCGGCCACUUUGCCGAAUAUUCGGUAUUCGGCCGAAUCGUACCUGCUAUUCGACUGAAUACCGAAUUUUUGUUGCACCUACCUAAAAAAAAAAUUACACAACAUUUAACCAAAAACUAGGUAUGUUUAAUAUUUAAAAUGUAUUCUUGGAAAGGGGUCAUCCAUUAAUUACGUCACACGAAUUUCUAGGUUUUUUGACCCCUCCCCCCUCCUUGUCACACUUGGUCACAUUUGGCAAACCCCUCCCCCCUAGUGUGACGUCACAUUUUUUCUACGAAAUCGCCAAAUCGAAUUAAGUAAGUACCUAAGUAUUAUUAAUAUUUUUUCAAAAUAUUUUUGACGAUAUAAAUAUUAGUAAUUUUAUAACCCAAAACUGCCUAGGAAAGAAAAUUAAACGACUAAAAACGAUUAUCGUUUUAAAAACUUGUUAUUUAAAUGUACAGUGAAUACAAUAAUUUAAAUACAUUUUCGGUUACUGAUGAAUUUAAAGUGACGUCACAAAGUUUGUGUCUCCCCCCUCCCCCAUGUCACAAUAUGUCACAUUUUCUUGACCCCCUCCCUCCCCCUAAACGUGUGAUGUAAUUAAUGGAUGACCCCAAAGUAGUUAAAUACGAAGACACGUUUUUGAGCAUUUGUUGAUUACAAAAUAUUUUAUUUUUAUCAUGGGUCUGAUUUGAUUGACUCUAACUAGAUUCAUUAAUUCUGUUCAACAUAAAAAUAUAUCUUGGCAAACAUUGUGCUUUGUUGGCGAACAGUUUUCAUAAUAAUUGUGAUUCAAAAUGUUCGCAUGCCAUACCCAAUAUUCGGUAUUCGGCCAAAUUCACUAUCCGGGGCAUCUCUAGUCUUGAUACUAGAGACUUUGUUUAGGUAUUUGUGAACACCUUGGCCGCUCCGAUAAUAUAUGAUGACAAGUGUACAAUAGAAGAUUCCUAUAAGUUAUUUUGAUCUCUAUAAAGUUAUCGUAAGUAGUCAAUUAUUAAGUUUUUGUUAAAAGUUAUGUACCUACAGUCGCUAUCAGAUAUAUCGGAGCGGUCGAGGUGCUCACAAAUAUCUGAACACACCUCUGUUGUCUAGGCCAGUGGUUCUAAACCUUUUUCAGUCCGGUCACCCCUAUGCCUAAGCCCCCAUUCGCACGACAGCUUUUUCAGCGCGCGUUAAAAAAGGGCUUGAAUCUGUCAACACUCUAAAUUCGAUUUAACGACCAAGGCUUAAAGUCGAAAAUCCAACAACGCUUGAUAAAAAGCGCCACCGCUGUCGUGUGAAUACAUACAUGGCUAUCCACUCGGAGUAAUUAACAAUGCAGCCGCCAUUAACAGGGGGUUCCCCUCUAGGGGGGUCGAAAAUAGGCGGCCAAUGGUCAACCACAUGUCAACCAUAUGUAUGGACUGACGUUUAUCUGGCAUGACGUUUCUAUACAUUUGAUCUGCCCCUCCCCCGCAAAAAACGGCAGACUAUUUUGUACCGAAAAUUUUAGACAUGGCGUCUCCGUUGGUUAUAUCCUCUAAGGCUAUCCAUUUGUGUCAUUCAAACGCUUUUUUUAACGCGCGUUGAAAAAGCUGCCGUGCGAACGGGGCAUAACUAGGGAACCUGAUUUUACCCCUUCUCCCAAUGGUAAUAAAAAAUACAAUGUGUACGUUUGUUGUAUUGUAUAUUAGGUCAGCUUAUUACCCCCGCAAAAUACCAGUUUUACCCCCACGGGGGUAAUUACCCCCAGGUUAGGAACCACUGGUCUAGGCGUUAGAGUGCGUGUACAGAUAUUUUUGAACACCUCGGCCGCUCCGAUAUAUCUGAUAGCGACUGUGCCUUAGA